ACUAUGAAUGUUAGCUGGUAUGAUUGAUGAUGUUCAGAAUUUACUUUUACGGGGAUGGAUUUGGAUAACCAGUGCACUAUUUUGUUACAUACUACAAAUCAUGUGAUGGGUUUUUUUUUUUCGCGGUCAUACACUAGAGAGCUGAUGUCAAGCCUAAAUUAUUGAAUGAGAAACUGGAAUUAGAGAUAUCCUGGUGCAUUCAUUUCCAGCGAAAAUUCGGAUGUAGACAGACCAUUUUUCAGGGUCUCAGUAAAAUCACAAUGUGUCCUCACGGCUUUAUGCUGCUGGUUUCUCUUAUGCCUUUUCCGUCAUUGUUAUCGCUACGUGCGCAAACAGCUCCACUGCCGCCAUGGCAGGACGACCUGACAUGGGGCGACUACGAUCCCUUCAGAGCCCUCAAAUACGACUCUGGCACGUGCGCGUACCGGCGGACGUGUGGAAACGGCCUCACAUAUCCGGACAAAAACUGCCAUUGUGACAAACUCUGUGUGAUAAUGAACGAUUGUUGUGAUGGUUUUAUAACACAGCAGCCAUUCGAAAGUAAUUUUCUUGUACUGAAUACUGACCAGUUCUCAUGCGAGAGGGUGUACGGACUUACCAAGAACGUUAACUCUUAUGGCGUUUUGUUAGUUUCUAAGUGUUCACCAAAUUGGUCUGAAGCACGAACAAAAUCCCUAUGCGAAAGUGACUUUCAGCUUGAGGAGGAUCUAAUGAAGAAAACGCCUGUUUCGGGCGGCUCUUAUUUGCAAAUAAUGUACAAAAAUAUGUACUGUGCGUACUGCAACUUUGAAUAUGAUAUAUUAUUUUGGUCACCUCAAUAUGAAUGUUAUGAAAAUAUUACCAAUGUCCGCCGGAUACCAGACAGUCCAGAUUGCCGGCUUUCGUUCACUGCACCGAUGUACAACUCCACGACAAGAAAAUGUGGAUUGUUCCCACCGAUUUCCACCUGUGAAAAUAACUCAGAAAAGGAGCUUAUUGGAUUGUGUGAACAAGGUUAUUAUAACAUUGUUUAUGAUAUGUAUGGCACCAUGUAUAGAAACGAGCAUUGCGCGCAGUGUAAUAAGGUUGAUAUGAACGCGCUUUAUUGCGAAAUUCUUAAACCAAUGGAUUUACCACCCAACCCAACUGAGACGCCCGAUGGGCGAAAGGCAAGUUUGAGGCUUCUUGUGGACCUGAAUCUUAAUACAGCGUACAAAGAUGGAGAAAUCAUCAAUUCAAGGCAAUGCAGUAAUGAUGAAAUAUACGACAUAGUGCACGACAAAUGUCGGGAGGUGUUUUGCCCACCAACGACAUUUCCUCGAAAAGGUCGCUGUAUCCCAGAUACUUUAAACAUAAAUGUUCACGAGGUAGACCACAUGCAACAAUAUUCCGACCUCUAUAAUUGUACCUGGGCAAAACUAGAUCCAGCUGAAUAUAUAUUUACAAACGAUUCCAAACUGUUUAUUUUAUCGACACAGGAAACCUACAAUGAGUCCCAAUUCCACCAGAAUGGCACAGAUGUUUUUAUCUGCCACAGUAUAAACAAAACCUGUGUUCAAUGUCAUUCGGUCCAUGUUACGUUCAACUUCGAUGAGUCAGAGGUGUACUUGUCAACGAUCGGACUUGUAAUUUCAAUCCUUUCUCUUCUUUUGACAGUCAUCAUUUAUUUCAGUUUUCCGCAGCUUCUCAAUACUCCAGGAAAGAUUCUUAUAUGUUUGGUGGUAUCUCUUUUGCUAGCACAAUUGUUUUUCUUAAUUUCUUCAGAAGUGUCUUCUUAUCCUUUAGUAUGCAAAAUACUGGCAAUAUGCGAUCAUUAUUUCUUUUUGGCAGCCUUUUGUUGGAUGAACAUAAUCGCAUUCGAUUUGUGGAAAACUUUCUCAGGUAAGUUCAUUGCUUCAAGUUCAAGCGAAAGUGCGAGAAAAAAGUUGUGUCUUUACAGUUUCUAUGGCUGGGUUAUUCCAUUGAUAAUUGUUGGUGUGGCUUUGAUCUUAGAGUUUGGUCAAUUUGACGGUAUUGAUACAAGCAUGAAACCAUACUAUGGGCGAAAAAUAUGUUGGAUCACUUCGCGCAAUAGUCUAAUCUUAUUCUUUCUUGGACCUCUUGCCCUUUUUAAGCUGUUUGACAUGACUUCGUUUAUCUUUACCGCCGUGCACAUUGCCCGUGCAAGGAAACAAGGAGCCGCUGCUAGGAGAAAAAAGAACACAUGUUCGUUGCUGAUCAACAUCAAGCUCUCCCUAGUCAUGGGUCUAACCUGGGUGUUUGCCUUUGUUGCAAAUGUGGCAAACUUGCAGUUUAUGUGGUACUUUUUCAUUAUAUUUAACACACUCCAGGGCCUCUUCAUCGCCAUCAGUUUCCUGUGCACGAGGAAAGUUGGCCGCCUGUUGCACGAGAAAUAUGAGGUAUUCUCUAGCACAUUUAAUUCCCGGCAGUCCACCGCAGACACACCCAUGACGUCUGCCUCGAAAUCAACAUCCAAGGGUAAAUAAAAAUUCAUGGACAUAGCAGAUAAAACAUGUCUGAGACAAACAAAAGUGCUAAACAAAGCGACGAAAACAUAGUGUACUUGAUUAUCGUCCGUGUUACUAUGCAUUCGGUAAUAUUUUAUUUAAUUUUUCAUAAAAUGUCAUUUUAUUGAAGUUUUAGAUAUUCCUACAACAAUUGUAACAAAAGACAAUUGCACGUGAUGAUUACGUCAUGGAUAUUUCUUGUUUCUUGGAUGUAACUCUGCAUUCGACAGACCAAUAUUUUAUUUAUUGAUAUUGAAAUGUACAUUUUAUAAUAAAUACUGUGUUUUUAGAAACUUUUUUUAUUUUUUAUAUUAUUGCUUUUAUAUCUUGUUCAACUUAGGAAUAACAAUAUAAAGAUGAGUUGAGUCCAUAUUUGAAAAUAAAAAUAAUAUUUUCA